AUGAGAGCAUCGCACCUUCUUCCAGUGUUACUGCUUCUGGCCCAGCUGGAGACUUCCAGCACGCCAAAUGAUUUUGUUGAAAUCUGCGCUGGCAGGGGCAACCUGUCAAAGGGCUUGCGCAUGAGUGGAUGGGUGGGAAAGGAAUUCGAUGUGCUCUAUUCUGGAAACCACAACCUCAUGCGCACAAUUGGAUUCAUCACAAUACUGAUGGCUGUGAGAAACACUCGGCAAGGAGGAGUUGUAGUAUGUGGCCCACCUUGCUGUACUUGGAUCUUCCUCAGCUCUUCAGUGACUGGUAGAAACUGGGCAAAUCCUGAGGGUGACCCGCAAAACCAACGGUGUGUGGCUUUGGCGAACAUCCUAGUCCGCAGACUUCUUUACAUAUUGUACUACGCUGUCAAGCGCAACGUGAAGAUAGUGAUUGAGCAGCCACAAUCAUCCGUGCCUUGCUUUUCAAUCAUUCUGAACAAUUGCCCUAUAGGCAAGACACAUCGAUCAGUCUUUCUUAGUUGUUAA